GGUUGGUAAUAAGCGAAAAUUGGCAUAGAUAAAGAAAUUCAUAUUUCAACCCAACUCAAGCAACAUCAGAACAAUAGUGAAACAACAACCAGAAAGUAGCUGGGAAAUCAGAACUUAUUUAGGUCGAAGAUCAAUCAGUAAGAGAAAUCCAGUGUGACCUGUGACAAAUAGUGGAACGAAACAUGCCAGUGAAGUCAGCCCCUAGGGAAACAAUGGCAUGGAUGGAAUCUCUGGAUACACUACUAGCUAAUAAAGAUGGUCUGGCUGCUUUCAGGACUUUCCUGAAAUCAGAGUUCAGCGAGGAAAACAUUGAAUUCUGGCUGGCCUGUGAAGAUUUCAAGAAAACAAAGUCAGCAGUUAAAAUUGUCUCAAAAGCCCAACAGAUUUAUUCUGAUUUUAUCCAGGCAGAUGCUCCAAAGGAGAUAAACAUCGACUUCAAUACCAGAGACCAGAUCACCCAGAAUAUUUCUGAACCUAGUCUCCAGUGUUUUGAUGAUGCUCAGAGAUUAAUCUACAGUCUCAUGGCUAAGGACUGUUUCCCAAGGUUUCUGAAAUCAGAAGCUUAUAAGGAAUUGGUAAAUAAGCAACAGAAUGGAAACCAGAAAAGGUGGCUGCCAUUCUUGUAA